GUGACCAAGAGGAGCUGCUCUCCAGAGGAGGGAUACAGGCAUAAGGAAGCAUUGCUUGGGCUGCGUAAAUCUGGCUACUACAUCCCUCUUUCUUUUUUUUCUACAAUUCUUCUGGAGACAUAACAACAGAUGUUUUUCAGCAUCUCGCAGUGACCCUCACACCGUGCAUACAUAAUUUUAUGCAUGACAUUGUCGUAUGGAGGCUCCAGCUGCCAGACGCUUCGUGACAAGUGAAUGAUUUCCAUUUAUAUGUUUUUGCAUCCUGUUCCUUUUCACCAGUUUUUUUUCCCCGUAUCAGCUGGAGCUCAUUUCUUGUUAGCCCUUUGAUGUGCCGUUUGAUAUGAAUGGUAAUCUGAUGGCAAGACACAUUCUUCAUCAAAUCGAAUGUAUGAGGAACUGUUCAAUGGAUAUUCUUCAGCAAAAAUGAAGGCUUGUCCAGGUUGCCAUGACUGAGGUGUGCAGGUCUGGUUAAUUGCAAUUGCCACUGCGCUGAAGUCUGCUGUCCCAAUGAGCAAGGCCGCCAACCCACAGAAACGCACCACCUACCUCAUCUCCCUCACUCUGGUGAAGGUUGAGGCUGUGCCAGAGGAUGUAGAAGGGAACCAGAGAGAGGCUCUCCCAGAGGGGGAAGGGAGCCCUAGGAGAGAGGAGGAGGAGGAGGAGGAGGUGAGCAAUGCCCCUGAAAGGGAGGAAGAACCUGUAUGCAUACAAGUGGGGGAAGAGGAGAGCACACAGGGGGGAGAAGAGGUAGAACAGGUGCAGCUUGGCAAGUAUGGCAGUCCCAUUGAGAACUGGGGAAAGCUGGAGAGGAGGGAACCUCAGAAAGACUUUGUAUCAGUCGGUAAAAGCAGAGACACUUCUUUUGUACAUCCACCUGUUAGGCAAAUGGUCAAAGUUUAUGGAGGGACUACCUCUGAGGGAACAGUGCGCAGAGAGGGUCCCCGCUCAGACGCCAUGCGCCCUAAAACUGAACUCUACAGAGAGCCCCCAAAUCUGUUCCUGAAGGGUGAAAAUGGAGCAGAACUCAGCAGUCGCUCUCGUUGCAGCCUCCCUUUUUCCAUCCCACCGCAGGUCGGCCAGCGUCCUGAAGUCCUGAUGCGGUCACAUGCAGGAGGCAACUCUGCAGGGUGGAGGGAACUCAGAGAAGCCAACACAGGCCUGUAUCACUCUGCUAGGACUUUGGAUCGGAGAGAUAACCGGUUCGGGGACCAGUCUCCUUUAAUGGCAACUACAACUCUUGGGCCUUACAGGGCGUCCUGGGCUGACAGCGACGGCAGGGGCACGCUCAUCCGCCCCGGAGCUCCUGUCAGCGGAGGGUUUUCAGGCAUCAUGAACAGGGACAGUCCUCAGGGGGAGAGGUUUAAAACAGUCUCUGUUUCCCUGCCUGCACCUGUAGCCCCCGACAUGUCCAGGCCUCAAAGGAAAGCUCCGAGUCGCACCCUGGACAACAGCGACUUGCACUCCCCCUCUGAGGACCUGAAGAAGGGGAAGGAGGGCCAGGGAGGAACUAUCCAGCGCGCUCCUCCGAAAGACCGAAAGAUGCUCAAGUUCAUAAGUGGCAUUUUCACCAAAAGUACAGCGGCAGCCAGCGUCAGCACCACCCCCCCUCUCUAUCCAGCUGUAGAGAGGGGCUCCAGUGAGGAGGAAGCUGCAUGCACCAGCAGUCAAGAAUGGACCAUGAGCCAAACUAUACAAGAGCUUCACCUGGGUGUUUUGGGAGGUCUGUGCAGUGGGAAGUCUGCUCUUGUCCACAGACAUAUGACUGGCAGCUACCUGCAGAUGGAGAACACUGAGGGGCGCCAGUGCAUUAAGGACGUCCUGGUAGAUGGACAGAGCCACUUGAUGAUUAUCAGAGAAGAGACGGAACUCCCGGAUGCUCAGUUUGCAUGUUGGGUGGAUGCAGUAAUCUUGGUCUUCAGUUUGGAAAAUGAGGCCAGCUUCCAGGAAGUUUACAGAAUCUACCACCAGCUCGCUGUGCACCGGCCAGUUUCUGAGAUAGCUUUCAUCGUAGUCGGUACUCAGGAUAAAAUCAGCAGCACCAAUCCCAGAGUAAUCGAUGAUGCCAGGGCCAGACAGCUGUGCUCUGAUGUGCGGCGCUGCACGUACUAUGAAACCUGUGCGACGUACGGCCUCAAUGUCAACAGAGUCUUCACUGAUGCUGCUCAGAAGAUCAUGGCAGCUAAGAAGCAAGCUGCUCUCCUGGCUUCUUGUAAAUCUCUCCCUAACUCUCCCAGUCACUCUGGAGGCUCCACCCCAGUGUCGGGGGUCUUCCCAGGACAGGCCAGUAAUGGUGGUCAGAGCAGUGACUACUCCUCGUCGCUUCCCUCCACUCCUGUGAUCAGUCAUAAAGAGAUUGGCAAAACUUUGAGAGGUGAAAAGCAGGACAGUGCCACGCCUGGAUCAGUCCGCAGUGCCACUCGGAGACGCACCCCCAGAUUUGCGGGUCGGAGAGGCAGUGACUCAAACAGGAGGAGUGCAGACUGUAAGGGAGAUCUGGGCAGUGGACGCUUCAUUCCCAUCAAACAGGGCAUCUUGCUGAAGCGCAGCGGGAACUCGCUCAACAAAGAGUGGAAGAAGAAGUAUGUCACGCUGUCCAACGAUGGCAUACUGUCCUAUCACUCCAGUGUCAAUGACUACAUGCUGAAUGCCCCCGGGAAGGAGAUGGACCUGCUGCGUGUCACAGUGAAGGUGCCAGGGAAACGACCGCCUCGUGCUGUACCCGCCGGGGGCCUUCCAGUCGGGCUCAAUGGACGCGUCAAAGAUGUGCCAGGACCUGACGGUGUCAGCCCAGUCCCUGUAAGCGCCAGCAGCCUCCUGCAAGUGGAGGAAAUGGAAGGUCUUGGUGGUGCACUGUUCCUGAGGAGCAACAGAGGCGUGCAGCGGUGUCCCUCCACACUAUCUAACAACGCACAAAGUAUUGACUCUGCAAUUGAGGGUGUGUCCAGCUCCUCCUCCACUAAAGACGUCGGCUCCUCGUCCCCGCUGACGGACAGGAAGAAGCAUCGCAGGAAGAAGAGCAUGAACCAGAAAGGAGACGCCACCAUUGGCCCAGCAGAUGCCAAGCGCAAAAUGUGGAAACUGAAAAGCUUUGGUAGCUUAAGAAACGUAAGCAAGACAGAUGAGGAUAACUUUGACUUCCUCAUUGUAUCGAGCACCGGCCAAACGUGGCACUUUGAAGCUCAGAGUGUGGAGGAGAGGGACUCCUGGGUCCAAGCCAUUGAGAGUCAGAUCCUGGCAAGCCUGCAGCUGUGUGAGAGCAGCAAAAAUAAGGCUCGCAGGAACAGCCUGAGUGAAGCAGUGGUUCUGCAGGCAAUCCGCAAUGCAAAAGGGAACAACUUCUGUGUGGACUGUGAUGCUCCAAAUCCAACCUGGGCAAGUCUGAAUCUGGGCGCUCUCAUAUGCAUCGAGUGUUCAGGGAUCCACAGAAACUUGGGGACCCACCUGUCGCGUGUUCGCUCAUUGGAUCUUGAUGAUCUUCCACGAGAGCUCACGCUGGUUCUCAGUGCCAUCGGCAACCACAUGGUCAACAGUAUUUGGGAGGCGCGCACGCUAGGCCGUAAACCAGCACCCGAUGCUUCACGUGAGGAGCGGGAGUCGUGGAUCAGGGCCAAAUAUGAGCAGAAACUGUUUGUGGCGCCGUUGCCCCCUCCCACUCCUGGCGAAGGCCCAGACAUCACGCUAUCUGGCCGUCUUCUGCUGGCAGUGAUGGAGCACAAUCUCCCCAAGCUGCUGCUCCUUUUGGCCCACUGCUCUAAGGAGGACAUUAACGCUCCUCUCAGCGUGGCGCUCUCCUGCAGGUCGCUGUUAGCGCUGCGGCUGCCCGGCUCUGCUCUGCACGCUGCAUGUCAGCAGGCUGAUGUGGUGAUGACGCAGCUCCUUGUUUGGUAUGGCUUUGAUGUUCGGUACCGGGAUGCUCAGGGGCAGACCGCUCUGGUUCUGGCUCGCAGUGCUGGCAGCCAGGAGUGUGUCGACAUUUUACUGCAGCACGGAUGCCCAAAUGAACCGGCCGCCUCCUUCCCUGUCGCCACGACAGUUGGUUUUACAGCAGCUGCCACACCCAGCUUCCCUGUUGCCAUGACGCCGAGCCUGACGGUUGCUACGACACUCAAGAUCUCACACAAGAGCAGCGGUGCCAGCUUGAGUUACAGCACCUCUAGAAGAGCAGUGUCGUAAACUGUGUGGUGUGUGUGUCUGUGUGUCUCUGUGUGUGUGUGUGUGUGUGUGUGUGUGUGUGUGUGUGUGUGUGUGUGUGUGUG